AUGGCUGAAGGAAAUCAAGCCCGAUCUCUACUUGAUGCCGUUACCCAUGACCAAUUAACAGGAGCCUUGCAAACCCACAGUGCUUAUCAGACUGACUGGAACAACAGGACUGCUGCCCAGAUCCAGAAUUUGCAAACGGAUAUGUUGAAACUGCAGAGAAAUCAGGAGGAGAUGAAGCUCCAUGCCGAGACUCAAUUUCAGCGUAUUCAGGAUAUGAUCUCGGGAAUUCCUGGGUGCAAUACGCGGGGUAAGGAGAAAGAAACAAUUCCCCCGUUGCCCACUCAACCUCUCAUUUUCGGUGGAGGUGAAGGUUCCGGAGGAGGAGAGGGAAUUUUAAAACCGAAAUCAGUUCGGUUGGACUUUCCCCGAUUCGAUGGGGACGACCCAGAAACGUGGUGCUGCCGGGCAGAGCAAUUUUUUGAGCUCUACAAUACACCAGCCGAGCAACGGUUGUCUAUCACUUCCUUCCACAUGGACGGAAGAGCGUUAGUCUGGUUCAGGGAGAUGCGUGCCAGUAACUUGGUCACUACAUGGCCCGAAUUCAUUAGAUCCAUGCAGGUUCGUUUUGGUCGUGGGUCAUACGACGAUCCUAUGGAGAAGUUGUUGAAGCUGAAACAAGAAGGACCGCUGGAUGAUUAUAAAACGCAAUUCGACACCCUAGCCCUGAAGGUUCAAGACCUGCUGGAGUCACAUAAGUUGAGCUGUUUCCUUGGAGGCCUCAAGGAUGACAUUCGGCUACCGGUGCGAAUGUUCAAUCCCAAAACAUUGGUGGACGCCUACUCGUUAGCACGAAUGCAGGACGAAUGUUUGCAUAAUUUCAGGAGGUAUUCUAGACCUUCUUUUAAUUCUGGUAACUACCAACACUCUACCCAAGGACUAAGUGUUAAUCUGCCCGUUGGGUUUAGCAAACCUAAUCUGGUUCCAGGAUCAAUUCGGACCUCCUAUCCGAGUCAAUCCAAACAGAGUUUCCAUGCCCAAUCAGGGAGUGGCCCACCUGGCAAGGAGGGACUCAAACCGAGCCAAGCUCUGGUUCCGGUUCAAAAAAUCAUGCAGGCCCAGGCAGAGGAGAGGAGGCGCAAAGGGUUGUGCUAUUCCUACGACUCGAAGUGGACACGGGGACAUGUUUGUGCAAUACCGAAACUGUUUCUAAUAGAAGCAGUUACGGAAGAGGCAAGUGACCAAUCUAAAGACCUUGAUAAAGGUGAAGAAGACCCGGGUGAAUUUUUUUUAGAAGAAUUUUCGGAAAUAUCUUUGAAUGCCAUAACCGGGGCCCCCAGCCCGCGCACUAUGCGAAUUAUUGGAAUCUUGAAGCAUCACUCAAUAGUCAUCUUAAUCGACUCGGGAAGCACGCACAAUUUUGUAGAUACAAAAUUAGCGGCCUCGCUUGGUAUCCGGUCAUCGAUUCAAGAUGAAAUACAGGUGAAAAUUGCUAAUGGGGAUGAAGUUCCUAGUCCGGGACGUUGUAAGGAAGUGAAGGUUAAAAUGCAGGGGUAUACUUUUCGUACUGAACUGUUCUUCCUGCCAUUGGCGGGCUAUGAUGCAGUGUUGGGAAUUCAUUGGCUUCGAACAUUAGGGCCCAUUCUAUGGGAUUUCAAGGAACUAAAAAUGGAGUUCCAGUAUGAAGGAGUCCGCUGUCUGCUACAGGGGCUGAAGCAAGGUCCACCAGUGUGCCUAGAAGAGGGUGACAAUUUCCGGCUCCCUAAACAUGAACGGAAGGGUGUGGUUUUACAGUUGAUGGACAUCACCACAAAUGACUCACAGUCGAAAGGAAGCUCAGCCAAGACCAGCCAGCUGACUGUGCCACCACCGGUGGCCGAAGUCCUCCAACAAUUUGAAGAUGUUUUUCAAGAGCCCCAUGGACUACCUCCACGACGAGUACUUGAUCAUGCCAUUACCUUGCAGGAAGGGGCGCAGCCGGUUUCAGUUCGUCCAUACCGCUAUCCCUUUUACCAAAAGGAAGAAAUCGAGAGAAUAGUCCAAGAAUUGCUGCAAUCGGGAGUUAUUCAGCAUAGUCAUAGCCCAUUUUCCUCCCCGGUGCUGCUGGUGCGCAAAGCGGAUGGCACGUGGCGCAUGUGCAUGGACUACAGGGCUCUAAAUAAGGUAACCAUCAAAGACAAGUUCCCUAUUCCAGUAGUAGAUGAGCUUCUAGAUGAGCUUUGGGGAGCCAAAAUUUUUUCUAAGCUAGACUUACGCUCUGGCUACCAUCAAAUUAGGGUUGUAGAUUCAGACUUCCCUAGAACUGCCUUUCGCACUCAUGAGGGCCACUACGAGUUCUUAGUUAUGCCCUUCGGGCUAACUAAUGCUCCCUCCACAUUUCAGAACCUCAUAAACCAGAUAUUCCGCCCUUACUUGAGGAAAUUUAUUUUAGCCUUUUUUUAUGACAUCUUGAUUUAUAGUAAGGACCUCGACACCCACAUCACUCAUUUAUCCCUUGCACUGGACACCUUAAGGCGGAAUCAAUUAUUUGUUAAGUUGUCUAAGUGUCGGUUUGGGUGUUCAGAGGUGGACUAUUUGGGCCACAUUGUCUCGGCGCAGGGGGUCUCAGCUGAUCUGGGAAAAAUAAAGGCAAUGGUGGAUUGGCCUUUCCCUAAGACUCUUAAGGCACUGCGGGGUUUCCUAGGGUUGAUAGGUUACUACCGUAAAUUUAUAAAAGGGUAUGGGUCAAUAGCUGCACCUCUCACUUCUCUACUCAAAAAGAACUCUUUGGGUUGGACCCCUGCUGCUCAGGAGGCUUUUGAGGCUCUCAAACUGGCUGUUACUCAAGCCCCUGUCCUAGCUUUACCCAACUUCUCCCAACCCUUCUUAAUUGAAUGUGAUGCAAGUGGGGUGGGAAUUGGGGUUGUUCUCAUGCAGGACAACCGGCCUAUAGCUUUCCUUAGUCAAGCCCUCAAAGGAAAGGCUUUACACAUGUCCACUUACGAGAAGGAACUCUUUGCUUUGGUCACCGCUAUCCAAAAAUGGCGUCCCUACCUGCUGGGAAAACCCUUUGUGGUUCGGACUGACCAACAAAGUCUAAAAUUUCUGCUUGAGCAGAAGGUGGGCACCCCUUUUCAGCAGAGGUGGCUCACUAAACUCUUGGGGUACGACUUUAUAGUGGAAUAUAAGAAAGGAGUAGAGAACCGCGUUGCGGAUGCCCUAUCGAGGAGAGAGGUUGAUGCGGGUGAAGUAUCUUUAGCCUUACUCUCAAUUCCUCAUUGCAGCUGGGUGGAUGAUCUCAAAGCCCAAUAUCAAGAAGAUGAAAUACUUAAACCCUUGUUGGAAAAGUGGCAGCAGCAUGAGCUGGAUACCCAUAGGUUUUCUCUGCGGGAUGGUCUCCUUUUCUACAAAAACAGAAUUCUCCUAGGGGGGUCACCUACUUUGAAAGCUCAAGUUUUAUCGUAUGUGCAUAGUGAUCCCAUGGCCGGGCAUUCGGGGUAUGACAAGACCCUAUAG